CCAGAUACCACAGCAAGUCACUCGAUGAACGUGCGAAGGGGAAAGUUUUACUGAUAGAUCAUUGAUUGUUAAGAUAUUGUCUAAGAAGUUAAUAUUAGAUACAGUGUAUGAUAUCGUAACCAACUUUAUAAAAAGAGGAUAAUUUAACUUAAAAUGGGAGGAAUAUUUUCAAAGUUUCGUUCAGGAGGUGCCAAGAAAGCAGCUCAGGAACAGGAAGAACAAGCUGCCUCCACCGCCGCUGAAACCAAAGAAUCCACAGAACAAGCUGCUGUCACCGCCGCUGAAACCAAAAAAUCAACAGAACAACCUGCACUGGAUAAAAAACACCAGAGUGAGCCAAGCAUUCCAGUUGCAGAAAAAGAGUUAGUAGAAACAGAAGGUGGAAAAUCGGCAGACGCCAUUGAAAAGUCAGACAUGGCAGACGUAGAAGUAUUGAAUACACCAUCCGUCAUUCCAACUUUGGAAGGUGAUUCUGGACGCGAUACACCAGCAGCUGUAACCGAAGCCGUAUCAAAGUCAAUAGACGCAGCCCAACGGUCAGAUACUCCCGAUGUUGAAACAGAGUCUACAGAACAGAAGACGGCGAAGGAAAGCACACCAGAGGAAGUGCCUAAAAUAGAACUGACUGCUGACGAAUCUCAUGUGAAAGAAGAUGAUACGAAGGAAGAAGCUGUACAAGACAUAAAAUCAGAAGUAGCAGAUACUGAAGUAGAAACACAAGAAGCGCCUCAAGCAGAAUCUGGUACUACUGCACAGUCUGCAGAGCAAAAACAAGAAGCGUUUCAAGCAGAAUCUGACGCUACUGAACAGUCUGCAGAGCAAACACAAGAAGCGCCUCAAGCAGAAUCUGGCACUACUGAACAGUCUGCAGAACAAGUUUCUGUUGAAGCUGCUACAACUGAUCAGACCGAUAAACCGGAAUCGGUUCAAAUCGCACAAACAGAGCAAGAUACCGAACAGGGAUCUGAGAUGAAAGAAGAUGAACAAAAGGUAUUAGAGCCUUUGGAAGAUAAGAAAGCUGAACCUGACAAUGCUGAGGAACAAACAACACCAAUCACAGAACAACCUAACGACACGACAUCAGCUGAACCACAGAUUGAACAACCAUCAUCGGAACCACCAAAAGCAGAAGAAAAAAGGACAGGAGCUGAGAAAGAGGCGAUAGGACAAACGCAAGAAAUCACAUCAGCAGAACCAGAGUCUGAUAAAACAGAACCUGUUACAGAACAGCCUCCGGAAACAACAACAGAUGAAACAAAAUCUGACCAGCCGCAGACCGAAAAUGAGCAAACUUCAGAAUCAAAGGACGCUGCACAAGAACCAAUCGUUCAGAGUGUAACAGCUGCAUCUGAACCAGAACAACCUGUAGUUGAUCAAACAGCAGAGGCUGAAUCGGCACCAGCAGAAGCAAUGCAGUCACAGACUGCUCCAGAAAAUAUUUCGGGAGCGACUGAAGCCGAACAAUCUGAAAAAUCAGAGAAUACACCAGCAAGUGCGGCAGCUGUUGAAAAAACCGAAGAGUCGAGCACAGAAACUGGACAAAGUGAUCAGACAGAAACAAAAACAACUGAACCGGAGCAUAUAAUAACCGAACAGAAAGAUGGAACUACUGAGCAAAGCACAGAACAGGUUGAAAAAAUAGAACAAUCACAAACAUCUGAACCAUCAGAAGAGCAACCGCCUACAGCAGCUUCAGAAGAACCUGAAACAGUAGCCGAAUCCGAAAUAUCGGAAACACAAACUUCUGAACUGAAGAAUGCAGCUGAAGAACCAGAAACCCAAUCCGAACAAGAAACACAACCCGAGUCCGAACAAGUUGAAUCGAAACAAGAAGAGCCAGAGGCUGAUCAGACUGCCACAGAACAGAAAGUAGAGAGUUUAAACGAUCCAGUAGCAGAACAGGCUACUACAGCAGACAAUUUAUCGUCAACUAAGGUAGAAACAAAUCCUGAACCAGUUGUUGCAGAACAGAAAACAGAAGAGCCUACAGCUGCCACUAUAUCGGAACAAACAGCUUCAGCUGAGCCUGAAUCAGAACAAAAUGCUAAAGUAUACACUAGUCCUGAGCAAACUGAAUUAACAGAAGCUGAAUCAGGACAAACAGCAAAUACAGAUUCCGAAUCAUCAGGACAAACGGAAAAAAUUACUCAGGCAGAACCUGCAUCAAAAGAAAAUGUUAUAACAGAAACUGAAUCUAAACAACCGGCUCCGAAAGAAUCAGAACCUGAAGAUAGUACGCCAGAUGCAGAGAAACCAUCCACACCUGAAACUGAACCCCCUUCAGAACAAACUGAAAAAAUUAAUCAGGCAGAACCUGCAUCAAAAGAAAAUGUUAUAACAGAAACUGAAUCUAAACAACCGGCUCCGAAAGAAUCAGAACCUGAAGAUAGUGCGCCAGAUGCAGAGAAACCAUCCACAACUGAAACUGAACCCCCUUCAGGAAAAACAGAAAAUGAUGUACUCACAACCGGACAAACUGCUCCAUCAGCAGAAUCCUCUCCAGAGGAAAAGUCAACACAAAACACCGAACAACCCAAGGAACUAUCACCAGAUGCAGCUGCAUCAGAAGGUGCACCGAAUACUGAAUCACAAAAUAAACCGGAAGCCGGUAAUGCAUCUGGUUCUGAGCAAGCCGAACCCGCCACGACGACUGAAGACGAGCAAAGUACUGAAUCAAACAAGAAGCCAGAAUCAUAGACAAUCAAAUGAAUACCGUCUUCUGUGAUAGACAAUAUUUGAUUUUGAUUUUUUUACUGAUUAGGGGCCAAGAAUUAAUAAGUUGAAUGACUGUAGUUGCUUGGAAGUAAAUGUGCACUGAGAAAAAAAGAGCAUUUUAGAUAAAAUAUAUGAUUUUCGUUGCUUUUUCAGAAGUUUUGCUUUAAUGAACCGAUUUAAUUUUACAUAAAUUAUGAUUUUUCCAAAUUAUAUCUGUACAUUAAGAGCAAAAGUUUCAAAUUAACGAAUGCGUUGGUAUUAAUCAGAUUAUAUGAUGUAUUAUAUAUUUAACAUGUAAAUUGUAUUAUUUAUUAUGAUAAAAUAAAUUCUGCUCAACAGUUA